AGUGGAGCUGUGGAAAAGACAGAGGCAUCAUAUGCUGUCCUCAAGUUCAUGGAGAGCUUCUGCCUCAUCAGCGCUGCCUGUGGGAUGGUGGGAAAUGGCAUGGUCCUAUGGUACCUUGGCUUCCGCAUCCGGAGAAACCACUUCACUGUCUACAUCCUGAACCUGGCCGCUGCCGACUUUGGGUAUCUCCUCUGCAUCGCCAUUGAGACGGUUCAGUACCUGAUGCAGUUCAACGUGGGGGUGCAGUUUGGGAUAUUCCUCUUCCUGGACCUUUUCAUGUAUGGGACCGGCUUGUAUCUCCUGACCGCCAUCAGCAUUGAGAGGUGCCUGUCUGUCCUUUGUCCAAUCUGGUGCCGAAGCCACCGCCCAAAGCACUUGUCCGGCAUCAUCUCCGGCCUGCUCUGGGUUCUCUCCCUGAUGCUGAACACGCUCGGCUAUGUUUUGUGUACCAUUCGCCCCUCUGCCAGGACCUGCCGGCUUCUGCUCAUCACCAUC